AUGUCAGCUGAGAGCCGACCUCUGGUUGCAGCGCUGGCGUACGGCGGCCAGCGCAUCGUGGGCGGCAGCGAGGCGGCGCGCGGCCAGUUCCCGCACCAGGCGGCGCUCACCGUCGACUACUCCAGCUUCUGCGGCGGGUCGCUCGUCUCGCCGCGCUGGCUCCUCACCGCCGCCCACUGCGCCUACGGGGCGUCGAUAUGGAGGAUCUACUUGGGUGGCGUAAGGUCAGAUUCGGCAUCUGAGGCCGGCCGCAUCACCAUCACCUCGUACGAAGCCAUAGUCCAUGAGCAGUACGAUCCUUACUACAUCACCAGAGACGUCGCCGUUAUCAACCUUGGACAGGACGUUGAGCUCACCGCACAGUGCGUCGCCAACCAGCCCACCAAAGCAGUCGAAGAAUGUCUCGUUCAUUCCAGCUCCCUGGCAGACACGGGGCUGCGCUUGUCGGCGGCUCCCAUUGUGAGCUGCCUCAUUAGGCAGCAGGGGGAUUACAUCCAGCCGAUACAGCUGCCGCCCAGUUCGCUGUCUACCGAGAGGUUCUUGGGAGAAACUCUGACCAUCAGCGGCUGGGGCUACACCUCCGAUGAUUCGUACAGCGUGUCCGCUCAGCUGAUGUACGUGCGCGUCGGCGUGCUGUCUAACGCGGUGUGCCAGCUGUACUACGGCGGCAGCGUGCUCAGCUCCACACUGUGCACCAGCGACGCGUCCACCAAGGGCACCUGCGGGGGUGAUAGCGGAGGACCCGUGGUGAGGACCAACGAAGACGGUAGCUUCGUCCUUCUGGGAGUCGUCAGCUAUGGUUCCAUUUACGGCUGUGAGCGCAACUACCCCUCUGGACACGCCAGAGUCACCUCUUUUCUCGACUGGAUAUCCGAGAAGACUGGCAUUGCCAUCUCAUAG